UCUUUGAUAGUUAUGACUUUGGCAUUAAUGAUACAAAAGCUUUUUUCUUAGACCUUUCUGUAAACUGGACCACAUCAACACCAGCUUUCAAUAAAAUUAAUAAUCUAUUCAAUGUACCAAUGUUUGAUUUUACUACUUUUAGUGCACUUAACAAAAGUGGACUUUCGUUAAUAUAUGCUUAUGGUGGAUUAAUUCCAAACAAUAUUGAUGACUGGACUAGCGGGACUUUCGUGAAAGAUUUUUAUAAGGUUGAUGUAACGUCUUAUCCAUUUUCAAUCUCACCUGUUAUAUCUGGAGGUAUUUCACCAGGCCCACUCUGUGACCAUAAAUCGAUUUUUGAUGACAAAGGAAAGCUUUAUAUCUGGGGUGGGCAAACUGCUUAUAUAAAAGAUCAAACCAUGUAUAUAUUUGACACUUUUGACUCAACAUGGAGUCAGAUUCUUCCUUUAUAUGUUCCCGCACAAAGAUCGAGUUAUACAGCAACUUUCAAGAAUGGCAAAAUUUAUUUUAUUGGUGGCAUUUUUCAAGCAAUUUUGAUAUAUGAUAUAGAUACAAAUGAUCCAUGGACUAUAAAUUAUGCAACAAAUAAUUUUAAUAUAAGUAAUCGUUAUGCUCACUCGGCCGUUCUAGCACCCAAUAAUCAAAGCAUUAUCCUAUAUGGUGGCUUAAAUCCUAAUGACUCAAUUCCAGCCGAUUAUUUGAUUACCUUAGACUUGCGAACGUUUGAAUUUUCUGAAAUUGUAACUAAAAACAAGCCUAGCAUUGAUGAUGUAUCAGCAUACCAUACUACGACUGUCAUAUAUAAUAAUUAUAUGAUUGUAUGUUUCGGAGAUUUUCCUGUUAAAAAUCCUAAUAGAAAUGUCAUCAGAGUGUUGGACUUGAAAGAUUCUACAUGGAUUGAUAACUUUGAAACAAUAUCAACAAAUCCAAGCACAACAUCUCAAGUCUCAAAUUCUUCAACGAAACCUACACCGCCUAAUAUACCAACUAACAAUGUUAACAAAAAUAUUAUUGUUAGUUCCAUAGUCGGAUCAAUUAUAUUU